AUGGUUAAUGUACUAAACACCACGACAACUCAAACUCUAAUCCACAUCAAUAGCCUUCUUCUUCAGAGCCCAAGAAACGAGGUUAAGGAAGCAUUACUCUCUUGUGUUGAAGAUUACAAGACUGGUGUUUUAACUGCUGAUGUUCCAGAGUCCAUUGAAGCUUUAACUAAGGGUAAUCCUAAGUUUGCUGAUCAAGGUACACAGGAUGCUGCCAACGAGAGCAAUUCUUGUGAAGAAGGUUUUUCAGGCAAUUCACCGCUGACUGUCGAGAACACAAAUAUAAACAAUGUCGCAAGAGUGGCUAAUGCCAUUGUCAAGCUAUUGCUUUAA